AUGGAUUCGGCCCCGAGGGCAUGCCUCCUUUCCCCCCACCUCCUUUCGGCGAGUUCGAGGAAGGCUUCAAGCACCACGGCCACCACCCUCAUGGUGAUUUCAACCCUGAGGAUGCUGAUGGUAUCAUGCCUCCUCCUCCUCCUCCCCACCACCACAUGCACGGCCCCCCCUCACGGUGCCUUCUCUCACACCUUCUCCCGCGUUGUGCGCUUCAUUGUUGUGCCCGCUAUCCUCGGUGUUCUCGCUGGUCUGACCGCCAGCGCUAUUGGUAUGCUUGUCGGCCAGGCUGUCAUCUUCUUGUGGCAGCGCUACCGCGGCACCAAGAAGCAGGAACACAAGGCUGCUUGGGAGGAGGGUGCCGCCUGUGAAAAGCAGGGCCUGAUGACCGAGACUAUCGAGUACCUCCCCGAGUACACUGAGGAGGUCACUGAGACCUGUGAGUCUAUGGCCAAGAACUAG